AGAAGGAGGGGGAGGAGCUGCGUGUUUGAAAGUGGCGGGCAGUGACAACACUCAUCUCGCAGACGUCGCUCCCAACACUGGCAAAGAACACAAGUUUGCAACGAGUAACCGUCCAAAGUGAACGUUUUACCACGACGGACAGAUAUUUCUCACUCUCCAUUAGCCACCGAAUACAGUGUCCGGGAUACAGCCGCCGUGGCAUUGGAGGGAACGUGCAAAGAUAUUCAUUGGCAUCUCGCAUCAUGUCAAAUGAGGAGGCCAAGGUGAUUCCAGUGCGCGUCGCCUUGCGAUGUCGUCCGUUGGUACCCAAAGAAAUCAACGAGGGAUGUCAGGGCUGUCUCACCUUUGUGCCUGCCGAGCCACAGGUCAUUGUCGGCACAGAGAAGACGUUCACCUAUGAUUAUGUAUUCGAUCCCACCGCUGAACAAGAUGAAGUCUUCAACACGGCUGUGGCCCCCUUAUUGCGUGGGCUUUUCAAAGGCUACCAUGCCACAGUUCUCGCGUAUGGACAAACAGGAUCAGGAAAGACCUUCUCCAUGGGUGGAACAUACACGUCGGCUCAGGAGAACGAUCCUUCAGUUGGAGUUAUUCCCCGAGUGAUCAGGAGAAUUUUUGAGGAAAGGGAUAAAAUGGCAGAGUGUGAUUUCUGUCUGACAGUAUCUUACCUGGAGAUCUAUAAUGAAGAUAUAUUGGAUUUGCUGUCUGCAUCUAAAGACAAACCUGGCAUCAGCAUUCGGGAAGACCCCAAAGACGGCAUUAAGAUUGUGGGUUUAACGGAGAGGCAGGUGUUCUCGGCCCAGGAGAUGGUGGGCUGCCUCGAAGUCGGAAACUCUGCUCGCACCGUGGGCUCAACGGCAAUGAACGCCGCCUCUUCACGAUCGCAUGCCAUCUUCACCAUCACAUUGGAGCAGCGCAGAGGCCCAGAUAAAGUCGACUCGGUUGUUUCAAAGUUGCACCUCGUGGAUUUAGCCGGCUCAGAGAGACAAAAGAAGACCAAAGCAGAGGGAGAUCGCUUAAAGGAAGGCAUCAGCAUCAAUCGCGGCCUUUUGUCUCUGGGUAACGUGAUCAGUGCGCUGGGGGAUGAAAGCAAGAAAAACACCUUUGUUCCUUACAGAGACUCCAAGCUUACCCGUCUGCUUCAAGACUCUUUGGGAGGCAAUAGCCACACUUUGAUGAUUGCGUGCAUCAGCCCCGCAGACUCGAACAUGGAGGAGACCAUCAACACCCUGCGAUACGCUGACAGAGCUCGGAAAAUUAAGAACAAACCGAUCGUCAAUGUUGACCCGAGGGCCGCCGAGACGAGCCGUUUGAAACAACAGGUUCAGGAACUGCAGGUGAUGCUGCUGCAUGCCCGUGGAGGAGUAGCUCCGGUGCUGUCUGGGCCGGAGUCAGCGGAGAAGGUUUCCAAGCUACUGGAAAGGAACCGCGCCCUGCAGGACGAGAACAAUAAGCUGAGCAGGGAGCUGAGUGAGGCGGCGGGACAGACCGCCUUCAUGUUUGAAAAGAUCAUUAUGACGGAACAAGCAAACGAGAAACUGCAAAGCAAACUGGAGCAACUGCAGCACCACGAAGCAUGCACGGUGGAUCUCGAGAAAUUGCUGGAAACGCUAGAAGAUCAGGAGCUGAAGGAGAAUGUUGAGGUGAUGAGGAACUUGCAAGACAUCAUCCUAGAGCUCAAGAAUGAAAGCGCAGGCAUCGCCGCCUCCAUCGAGGCCAUGGCUGCAGGAGAGGAAGUCCCUGAGGUGUCUGGGAAUGGCAGUAAAAAUGAUGAGUCCCCAUCAGAUGCCACUGUCAGCAAGGACUCCCCGGAGGGCUUUUCUACCCAUCAUGCACUGCGGCAGGCCCAGCUCUCCAAGGAACUGAUCGAGCUGAACAAAGUGUUGAGUUUGAAGGAAGCGUUCGUGAGGAACAUGUGCCAGAAUGACAGUCAGCUGGAGCCGAUGCAGUCAGAGCACCAGAAAAAUGUAGUGACUCUGCAGUCAGCAGUGGAAUCUCUGCAGAAGGAGAAAGACGACCUUGUUUUGGCUCUUCAGUCUGCAAAGAAAGACACCAACCAGGCCAAGCUGAGUGAGCAACGGAGGAAGAGGCUGCAGGAGCUCGAGGGCCAGCUCGUGGACAUGAAGAAGAAGCUCCUUGAACAGUCCAAACUGAUCAAACUCAAAGAAUCCUCUGUUCAGAGAGUCAGCAAGCUCAUGCAGGAGAUACAGGCUAUGAAGACCCAGCGGACGCAGCUGAUGAGGCAGAUGAGGGACGACUCCGAGAAGUUCAGAAACUGGAAGAGCAUCAAAGACCGCGAGGUGCUGCAGCUGAAGGAGAAGGAUCGUAAGCGCCAGUACGAGUUGCUGAAACUUGAGCGAGAUUUCCAGAAACAGGCGAAUGUUCUGCGUCGUAAAACUGAAGAGGCUGCCGCUGCAAACAAGCGGUUGAAGGAUGCCCUUCAGAAGAGAAGUGAGGUGGCAGAUAAACGGAAAGAUGUUCACAACAAAGGGACAGAGGGAGCUGCUGCGAGAGUUAAGACGUGGUUUCUCAAUGAAGUGGAGGUGAUGGUGAGCACAGAAGAGGCCCGGCGCCACCUCAGCGAUCUGCUGGAUGACCGAAAGGUCCUGGCUCAGGAGAUCAACCACCUCAAACAGCAGCUGGAGGCCGGGGAGAGGCCUGCCCCCAAAAUCAGGCGCCGGACGCUGAUCAUCUCGGAGCUGGAGAGUCACGGGGCUCUGGAAACACCUCUGACCAAACAGGUGGAGAACCUGGAGACGGAGAUGGGACUGAGGAACGCCCAGAUAGCUGACCUCCAGCAGAAACUCCUGCUCGCCGACAGCGAGGGGCGUCUGAAACAGCGUAUCGACGCCAUCUCAAACAUAAUGGAAGCCAAGUGUGCCCUCAGAGUCCUGAUGUCCGAGCUGGUGUCUGCGAAAACGGCCAGUUCCAAACUGGAGAGUGAAGUGAAACAGGAGAAGGGGAAUUCACAAGAUUUAAGGAAGAUGCUUGCCGAGGACAGGAAUGUGAUGUCGACCAUGGACAUGGAGCACCAGCAGCAGAUGGUGGAGCUGGAGCAGAGGCAUCAAGAAAAGGUGCUUUACCUCCUAAACCAGCUACAGAGCAAACCCAUAUGUGGUGAGUCGGACGCAAUGGAGCAGAAAGACGAGGAGAGCGCAAAGGAGAAGGAGCUCCUCCAGCGACUCAAAGUUCAGGAGGAAGAGCUGGAAAAGCUGCGAGAAUUGAGUGAGCAGAACCAGAAACUGGUGGAGCAGAAUGAGCAAUACACCCAGAAACUGUCCUUGCUCCACCUGGCAAGUGGAAAGAAAAUCCUUAUGCCUACGAUCAAGAAUGAAAAGAGCCCAGAUGAGUCAUUUGAGUAUGUUCCUCCCAAGGGGGGGAAGCCUAAAGUGAAGCGCUUCACCACAGCCAAAGCUCCGGUGAACAUGGCCAUCGACAUGGAAGAGCUGAUGUCUCCCAGCGAGGAGGAGGAGGAGGACGAGUGGCGUCCUGAGAAACCCGAGAAGGGACGUAGAAACUCGAAGAAACCGAAGGCGACUGGGUGCGCGUGUAAAGGUCGCUGCGUUAACAAGCAGUGCAGAUGCCGCAAAGGAAAGAUGACGUGUGGGGAGAACUGCCAGUGCGAUCACGAGAAAUGCCGAAAUAUUGAUAACCAGGGGCCUGCUGAGGAUGUCAGUCAGACAGAAAACGUUUCCAGAGACUCGGUGUCUCUUCAUGACCCGACAUCCGUCAGCCCCGACAACACCACCUUCUUCAAGCCGCCAUCUUGUACACCAACCAAGAAGGUGCUGAAAGAAAUCGGAGACAUGGGACACGCCGCGGCGGACCUGAAGCUGGUCAGGAAACCCGUCGUGCCAGAGGAAGAGGAGGAGGAGGACGAUGACGAGGAAGAUAGGACGACAGUCAGCUUCCUCAAGAAGAAGAAACGACUCCUGACGAGUUUUCAGAACAGUUUUUUCUCCGGGUGCACGCCGAUCAGAGAGGAGUCUUAAUCGGGACAGUGUGGUUUUAACUGUAUGUGUCAGUGUGUGUGUUUGUGUCAAAACGUCGUCAGUCUUUUUUUUUUGUGUGUAUGUGACCAAGCUGUUGUCAUGUGACUUGAAAGUAGCAGUUGACUGUAAAAACACUUUGUUUUGUGUAGAGGGGAACAAAAGGACUGUGAAUAGCGUUGAUUCAUUUUUACUGGAGUUCACAACGAGAUGAUGAAGAAGCCUGUUUGAAAUGUUUAGUUUUAAUGUAUUAUGUAAUAUUUCACCAUAGAGGAGAACUAGUUUUACUUUGCUAAUACAUGAAAUCAAUAGUCUACCAAUCUACAGUCACAAUGUAACACAAGCACUAUUCAACACAGAACAUCUCUGGGAGCAACUCGUAGGUUUUUUGUUUUUAACUGCCGAUCAUAUCAGCUGAAUAAAGUUUUCCUGUAAAAUCCUGUAAAAACUAAUUUUCCCCUUUUCGUCUCCGAGCGUAUCAAUGUUUAAUAUCGUAGCCUCAUAAAUCAGUGACAAAUAAUUUAUUUCAUUCACUAGUUGGUUUUUACUUUUGACUCACUUUCUCUGCAGUUUCUUAGCAGCAGAUCAUCUUAAAUGCGCAGAGGUUAUUAGACGUUGGAUUAAACUAAAAUAAAAGAUGUAUUGAUUUUUGCGCUAAGUUAAGCCGAGCAUCGUGAGUACUGAAUAUAUUGGCAGUGCACACACAUUUCUUUAUUGCAAAACCCCCAAACGAUCAGAAGAGCAAAAUAAAACAGCAAUUCAGCAAACUGGCCAAGUCACGUUUGUCUUUGUAUUUAAUACAAUUUUUCUUGCUGCCUUUAUAUUUUCUUCAUUGUUUUUUGCUUUUCUUUCCAUACAUUGGUGUCUACAAAGCCAUCCGAGUCCAAGGGAUGCAGCUGGUACUGAUGUCACUCGUGUCAAUGUACGUAGCCCUCGAGUCUUAAUUAAAUUCAGUGCUGAAACUUG